AAAUUGCAGGCCCUCUGCUGCCAAGUGGAUGUUGAUAUUUGUCAGCUCUUUGCAUACUGCUUACCGAUAGGGGAUCUAUUACAAGUGCUCAAAUGAACAGGCAGGUCUGCAGCUAGCUGCCACACAGGCACUGCAGUUGCUUAAAUAUAUAUAUAUAUAUUGUAAUAAGCAAGUGAUAGCAGAAACAUGCCUGGGGCAGCUACUGCUAUCCGACAAGAGAGACUGAAGAAGACAAGUGCAAGGACAAAUCCCCCUGGUUUAUUCACCAUUAACGAAGAAGAUGAGCAGCAAAAGAAUGGAAAUUCCAAAAGACUGAAAGCAUCAGAAGACUCUAAAGUGCAAGACAAGAAAGCUGCUUCUUCCAGCCUUCCCACUUCUGUUGCUUCAGGGCAAAGCCCCAACAGCUCUGCAGCUAAAGCAGACCAUCCACCUGUACUAAAAGUUGAUGACAGACAACGGCUUGCUAGGAUACGGAGAGAGGAACUGGAAAAGCAGUUAGCUGCAAGAGAAUCAGUCUGGUUAGAAAAAGAAGAGAGGGCACGGCAGCAUUAUGAAAAACACCUGGAGGAACGCAAAAAGAAGUUAGAAGAACAGAGGCUAAAAGAAGAGAAAAGGCGAGCUGCAGUAGAGGAAAAACGAAAGCAGAGAAUAGAAGAGGACAAGGAACGACAUGAAGCUGUUGUACGCCGUACAAUCGAGAGGAGCCAGAAGCCCAAACAAAAGCAAAACAGGUGGUCCUGGGGAGGAUCCAUUCAUAGAAGCAGCAGCAUUAAUAAUACAGGUUAUUUUGUUGAAUCAUCAUUCACCUUUCUCGAUUUAGCAGGCCUGGAGCACCACUUCAGAUCUCUGGGUGGUGCUAGGAAACCCGAUCCAGACAGGCGGUCUGUUUCAACAAUGAACCUCUCGAAACAUGUUGAUCCAGUCAUUAACAAGCGGCUCUCCUCCUCAUCUGCAACAUUACUAAAUUCUCCAGACAGAGCUCGCCGUCUAAAUCUCAGUGCAUUGGAGAAGAGCAUUGUUAGCAGACUGCUGAUGCCCACACAUUCAUUCCUGGCCAGAAGUAAAAGCACAGCUGCCUUGUCUGGAGAUUCAGUUAUCCCCAUUUGUCCUCGUUCAGCAUCUUGCAGCCCCAUCAGCCCUCUGUCCUACAAGGCCAUGAACUGUAGAAAUCCAGCAGACCGACCAAAAUUCUUUGACACAACAACUGGACGUAGGAGGACCACACACUCAGCAGGGACUGAAAAAAAAGAAAAGGACCUCUCCUCCAGCGUAAAGAGACUUCACUCUCCUUCCAAUCCCAAAACUAGAUCACUAGCUCUCUCCCCAGUUUGGCAUGCAUCCAAGUCCUUGCCUUUUUUGCCUGGCACCCCCAAACAGAUAACCUCCCCACCUGGCUCUUCCAAAGUGCCCUCCUCUCAGACGCGCCCUCCCUCCCCUGGCAAUAUCCGACCGAUCAAAAAAGAGUUGAAACCAGAUAGUCAGAAAAAAGGACCGGAAAAGGAGCCUGAGAAGGCAGCUGAGGAACAGACAGAAGAGAGUAAAGCAAUUUCAGCAAGUGCUGGAGAAUCCGCAAUCAGGGAAGGUCUUUCUGUCAAAUUAGAGCCAGCUCAUGCUGCUCCAGCUUUGCCCCCUGCUCCACCAGCAACUUCACCAUCCCCUGUUUCUAGCAAGGCUUCAGCAGGUACUACUGACCCAGAAGAAGCAACAAGACUGCUUACUGAAAAGAGGCGGCUGGCCCGUGAGCAGCGAGAACGAGAGGAGCAAGAAAGGAAGGAGAGGGAAGAGACUGAAAGGCUAAAGAAGGAGGCGUUGUCACAGAAGAUCGCUGAAGAGAGAGCUCGCCGGGAGGAGGAGGAGGCUCGCAGGCAAGAGGCGGAGAGAAAGCGAAGGGAGGUAGAGCAGGAGCGAGAAAAGGAAGAAGAGCUACGUCGGCAGGCAGAAGAAAGAGACCAGAAAGAGAAGGAGGAGAUGGAGCGCAUUCAGAAACAAAAAGAAGAAGCAGCUCGCCAGAGUGAAGAGGCAGAGCGCUUUCGGUUAGAGCGUGAAAAGCGUUCCCAAAGAGAAGAACAAGAGCGCUUAGAAAGGAAGAAGCGACUUGAGGAGAUCAUGAGAAGAACUAGGCGCACAGAAGCUGUAGAUAAGAAAUCUAAUGAACAGCAAAAUGGAGAGAUAUCUAAGGCAAAUGUUACUGGAGAAACAGCAACCAGUCCCACAUCUCCCUUAGAAUCUGUAGUGGCAUCUCAGCUUCAGCAUGUGACAGAAUCACCACACAAUGGGGAAUCGGUAACCCACUCACAGAUAGUCAUUUCACAUCAACCUACAGUAAAUAUGGACAGUAAUCUCAAUCCUGGAAAAGAACCAAAUGAAAAUGGAGUGUCUAUGCAGAAUGACAACUUUGAAGAGAUCAUAAACUUACCCAUUGGAUCUAAACCAUCCACAUUGGAUGCCUUGAACAAUGAUGGAAGCAAUAGCCCUGAAAUUCCUUUGAAUCCAAUUUUAGCCUUUGAAGAUAAGGGGACUCUGGGGCCAUUGCCUCAGGUAGAUAGUGUUCAAACACAUCAAACAGCAGAAGUUAUCUGACCGUUUCUUCUGAAGAGCCAAAGAUGAAGUAAGCAUCUCUGCUGCCUAUGGAGUUCCUUCCAUACUAUGAAGGACUGUUUUAUUUUCUCUCUCCAGUUUUCUAAAACAUUUGUGGAUAUCUUUUUUGAAAGGACCUUAGUAAAACCAGCAGAAGAAGUGAUGGAGAAUAGACAUGGAUUAUCUUUCUAUCUAAUAGUUUUCACCAGUAGAAAAUCAUGCUUCACGUGCAUUACUUAAAAUGGCUUUUUUUCCAACAAGCUCCUUUUCGCAAAUCAAUAUUUUCUGCAUUCUUCAAGACAAAAGGCACUAGAAUCUGACAGUAAUGAGCUGAUUGGGGUAAAGGGCCUGAUUUUUUUUUUUUUUGAAGAUGGGUGGUUGCUUUUAAAAUUGGCGACUAAUCUUCUACGUUUUACGGAUCUAAUACUUGAAAAAUAAACAUCUCAUUGCUCUACAAGUAGGGCUAAUGGGAGGUUUCAUUUAAACCUGUUGGUUUAAAUAUUAUUACAGAGAACUCUAAUUAUGGGGGCAAAAUAUAGGCUUCUGUAUCAGGUUCUUGUAAAUGUAACUUCUACAUGGACGUUCUGUAAAUUCAAAUGUCACUACGAUCUUCUUGCAUUUUCUUUAAAAACACAAAGCGGAACAGGUUUUAAAAUAUGAAAAUUUGAAGCGCUAUUUUUUCAUGGACAAGACGAAAACCUGUUGUUCUCCUAGAUAAUGUAUUUAUGAAUUUUGUUCAGUACAAAAAUAAAUCAUCUAAUUGAAUAAAUUAGAAAAAUGUGGUAAAACAA